CCGUAUUCACAACACUCGAUGACUUCCGCAAUUGCUGCGGUUGAAAACAAACUGGAGAGCCGACAUCACCGAAUAAAUAAGACUCCACAACAAACACCCGGCCCGUCAUGGAAUGAAGAGCCCGAAUCGGGUGAAUGACUUCUGGGAAGGGAGCGAGACACAGGGGAUCAGCGCGUGCGGGAGGACUCACCUGCGCUCAGGUGACUGACGAAACUGGUCGCGGUCCAUUGGACCGGCUGCGCUCUCUCAUCCGAACCCUCUGCCGGAUCCCGUGUUCCCUGCUGUGGGCUCUCCUCUUGCUCCUCUCGUGGCUGUACCGGCCCUUCCGCCGGACCAUGGCGGCCAGAGCCAAAGAUGUCGGGUCCGAGAGCUGUGAUGACACGGGAGAACAGAUCCGAAACUAUCACAAACAAGCGUUUGAGUUCAUUUCUGUGGCUUUACAGAUCGACGAGGAUGAUAAAGGUAAUAAGGAUCAAGCAGUGCAGGGGUACAGAAAAGGCAUCUCUGAGCUGGAGAAGGGCAUCAGCAUCCAGGUCACUGGAACUGGUGAGAAGGCAGACAGGGCAAGACGGCUUCAGGACAAGAUGACCACCAACCUCAACAUGGCCAAAGACAGACUGAAGCUUCUGGCCAAACUGCAGGCUCCGGCAGAGGGCUUCUCCGACCCCACUUUUCUUCCCUUCUCCAACGGGAACCUGCGGCCAGGCAGUGGAGCUGUUUCUAAAAAGAAAGACACCAUCCCCAGUCAAUCCCAUCCGCGGCCUAAAAACCCACCCAAAUCCUCCAACAGUGCUCCUGCUGCUGCCCUGCACCGUACACCUUCAGCAUGUCAGACCGGCAGGACCGGCCCACAGAACAACCAGAAGGGUCUCUGUACAAGAGGAGGUAACAGACCUAACAGCAAACCCAGCCACGCCACAACAGCGUCACCUCAGAAGAAACGAGACAUGAAGAACUUAAAAAAUGUGGACAGCAAACUGGCCAACCUCAUUCUUAAUGAGAUAGUGGACAGCGGCUCUUCAGUGGGGUUCGAUGAGGUAGCAGGACAGGAAUUGGCCAAACAGGCCCUUCAGGAGAUCGUGAUACUGCCCGCUUUACGUCCAGAGCUGUUCACAGGUCUCAGAGCUCCUGCUAGAGGCCUCCUUCUCUUCGGGCCCCCUGGCAAUGGGAAGACCAUGCUGGCUAAAGCCAUUGCAAUGGAAUCUAAUGCCACUUUUUUCAACAUCAGCGCUGCCAGUCUGACCUCCAAAUAUGUGGGAGAGGGUGAGAAACUGGUUCGGGCUCUAUUUGCUGUUGCUAGGGAACUACAGCCGUCAAUCAUCUUCAUAGAUGAGAUCGACAGUUUGCUGUGCGAGAGGAGAGAGGGAGAGCACGACGCCAGCAGAAGACUCAAAACCGAGUUUCUCAUCGAGUUUGAUGGAGUGCAGUCAGGCGGUGAUGAUCGUGUGUUAGUUAUGGGAGCCACUAACAGACCUCAGGAACUUGAUGAGGCUGUGCUCAGGCGAUUCGCUAAGCGCAUUUACGUGGCUUUACCUACAGAGGAGACUCGCUUGAAGCUGCUCAAGAACCUCCUGAGUAAACAUGGAAACCCAUUAACUCAGAAAGAGCUCAACCAGUUAGCCAGGUUGACUGAAGGUUACUCCGGCAGUGAUCUGACCUCACUGGCUAAAGAUGCGGCUCUGGGCCCCAUACGAGAACUGAGGCCUGAACAAGUGAGGAACAUGUCGGCCAAUGAGAUGCGGAACAUCCGAUACUCUGAUUUUAUUGAUUCUCUGAAGAGGAUAAAGCACAGCGUCAGUCCUCAGACACUGGAUCUAUAUGUCCGCUGGAACAGAGAGUAUGGAGACACAACUGCCGUAUGACAUCAUGAACUUUGACCUCACAGUCCUGCAGCACUAUGGGGGAGGAAGUGCACGCCUCUUUUUACUAAAGACAGAACAAACAAAUUGUGGUUGGAGUUUAUAUUAUUUUAGCUUUUCUACCAUGACUACGGGAAACUCAGGGUGUGAUCAUACGUGGACUGUUUUGAUUGAUUUAGACCCUGAUCUUGAGACAAUUUGGACAUCAAAGCAACCAUUUGAGAUGCUUGCCUGCAUUUGUCACAUCAAAGUAUUUUUCUAAGUCAGAGAUCUUUCAGAAACAUUUUACAUGCUAGUUCAUAUAUCUGACCUAUGAAGUACUUGUGAACAAGACUCUGUAGUGUUUGUGUGUUAGACGCGUUUGUUUGUUAUAGGCUGAUUCGUGUGUUUUACACCAUGUAACUUCAGAUAAAGUGAAUCCUCUAAUGCCUGUUUUCUGGGACAGGAAAUGAUGUCAUGCAAGGCUUGUAUUCCUCAUACAUACAGUUGUCAUCUCGCCGAUUUACUCCACCAACACUUUUCUGAUGAGUUUGAUUUGUUAUUGUGUGAUCUUUAAAUAUGGUUAUGUAAUAUAAUAUAAUAAAAUGUUUGCAGAUGCUGUGGGAUUGAUGCAAAAAGAUAAUUACUGAUGGAUAGACCCAAUUACACCUUUAAAAGGCAUGACUAUUUUUGCCUGAAUAAUAAAAUAUAUUUUUCUUAAAGAUAAAUUUUUUUUGUUUGUUUUGGAACAUUAAAAAACUUUCAUUGAUGAAAUUGUGACGUCACAUUGAUUCAUAUAAAUUCAUUAAUUUCCUCCAUUGAGUAAAUUGGGAAAUGUUUUUUGUAUUUUAAUAUGACUACAAAACUUGCACAAGGACCUGAAUUUGCAUAUGAGACAUUGUUUAAAGAAUGCAUGAUGUACUCUGUUUAUGAUUUUUGAGCAACAGAUUCAGAGUUUGUUCCGUUUACAGCCACUAGAGGGCAUCAAAUGCUAAGACUGAUGCUGAGGCAUAAGAGUCUUGCUGGAACAAUCUCAUACAACAAACCCAUUAUAUUGUUAUUUGUAUAAAUGUUUUUCCACAUCAACCGUGUAAUGUCAAAUUUUGAAACGUUUGCGGUGAUUCAUUCAUUAAAUGAAACUGUUGUACAGUGCAUAACAGA